AAAGAGUGGCCCAUAUCGGGGUUGGCUGUAGGAUGGAGAGAGAAGGAAUGCAAGCUUUUCUCUCACAAUGGCCUCUCUGUUCUCCAAUCCCAGCACCGUUCCAGCCUCCAGCACCGCUUCACAUCACCACCACCACCACCACCAUCAUCAUCAUCAUCAUCAUCGCUCUAUUCGAUCAUCACUGACUCGUGAAGACCUGCUGGCCAUGGCACGAAACGAAUAUGCCCGACAAUUAUGCAAGUUCACCGAAGCCCAAUUGAAGCAACGUGUGCCUACAUGCUACACCAACAGUGCCUACAUACGACAAGCCAACAGCAGCAGCAGCACCCACCGCAACGGUUCCUCCUCCUCCUCUACUUCUUCUUCGCCCUCUACAUCCAGUAGCAAUAACAACAACACCACUUCCUCCUCUAUACUAAGCGAUCAGACGACGCAUAGCAGUAGCACCAGCGAUAGCAAUUAGACUCUCCAUGCAUCACACAACUCUCUCUCUUUGACUCUCUCUCAAAGUAACAAGCAAAACCACGUUAUCGUUCAUCAUUAUAUCCCUUUGCAGGCACAUCACAGCUCCUUACUUUGCCACCUUUCACUUGGGAAUUUCUCCUUUUAUACCUCAUCUCUUCUCCAUCUCAAAUAGCGCGCAUUCUAUCAACUCAACUCAU